GGUCGCGCCCGAGUUCGGAGGAAGGGCCGCCCUGGGCACGUGCAGUUGGCUGUGACCUCGUCCCACGUCUUCUGCGAGGUUUGGGAGGCCACAGGCAACGGCCAGCCGGGGAAGAAGCCGGACAGAGGACCCUGGAGAUUGGUGGUGAUUCCUCGAAGCGGCUCGCAGGGCCGAGGAGGCGAGGACCUGGCCGGCGGGCUGUCAGACUCCGUGGCUGCGGCGGCGGAGGACGGCGGCCUCCUGGAGAAGGCGGUGGCUUUCCGAAGCCGCGAUGCCUGGAGGUCGUUGCUCACGCAGAACCACAUUUGGUACCUCUUGAAGGGGCGCUCCCUUCAUGUCCUGCUGCUGAACCAAUCGCCGGUGCGGGUGGUCACCAAUUUGCUGAUCUUCGAAAACCGCGCCAAGGCGGCGGCCCUGUGCGCGUUGAACGGUUGGAACCCCAAGCAGCUUCCGCUGCUGACGCUCUUCCUGGGCCUGCAGUUCCGAGAGCUGGACGAGGUUCGCCAGAGCCUGGGCCUGCUGCGGCCGGACCAGGAGAUGCAAGGGUGCCAGAUGGUGAUGGACUUCAUCCACUCGGGGUACUCCUGCGCCUCAAUGGCCCCGGCCUUCCGGCCCGACACGGAUGCCGGCGGGGCCGGGAGCGGGGCCGGCAAGAGGAAGCCGCUCACGGAGAUCCCGCCGGCUGAAGUGCCGCAGCUCCCGUCGGACCGGAGCUUCGUGUCGCGCUUGCUGGCGGGGACGCCCAGACGGCGCUUGGAAUCUGAGGAGCAGGCGAUGCAGUUCGUCACCCGGCUGGCUCCGGGGCCCAGCGGCGGGCGAAAGCACCCGUGA